GAGGUGGACAUCUGGCCUCUGCUUAAAAGCCUCCAUUGAAGGAGAGCCCACACCGUCAGGACGUUCUUCCUCAGCUUGAAUGGGAAUCUCCUAUCCUGGGAUUUGAAGCCCUUGGUUCGGGUCCUGCUCUCUGGAGCAGCAGGAAGCAAGUUUGCUCCAUCCAAACAACUCUUCAGAUCUCCCUGCCUGUCUCUGCAGCUUUAGAGCCAAGCCUGUGUUUGGGGGCCGUUGCAGAGAGACUAAUCCUCUUGCCGUCUGCACAGAAAGAGAUCCCAGAGGUGGCGAGGAGCGAAGGUGGGAGACCCGGAAGGCGGCAGCCUGACCCCCAGAGACACGGCAGGUCCCCCAAGCCACACCUGAGCAGCAGGGAGGCUGGGCUGAGCAAACAGGAUCCCUGGCACAACCCCCAGGGUCCCAUCAGAGGAGGACGGCCACCCGCCUGCCCAGCCACUCGCCAUGAAGCUCCUCAGCCUGCUCUUGCUGCUGGGCUGCCUGUGGGGGAGCUUUGCUGCUGAGGAGACCUGCGAGGGGCGCUGCAAUGACGGCUUCAACAAGGAGAGGAAAUGCCAGUGUGACGAUCUCUGCAUGUACUACCAGAGCUGCUGCAGUGACUACUGGACUGCCUGCAAAUCCAAAGUGACCCGCGGAGACGUUUUCACGCAGCCGGAAGACGACUACCAGGAUUACUACGACCUCCCCAACGCCACAACCCCCCAGCCCACGCCCACGCCCACCACCGGAGCCCCCGAGUCAACCGCGUGGUUUGAGUACGCCGAUGUGUGGACGGGGGAGGAGGAGGGGGGUGUGGUCGAGCCCACCAAAGAAGCCCCCUUGCCCGAGACAGAGGCCCCGACCGACGCCCCGGAAGAGGAGGAGGAGGCCUGCAGCGGGGCUCCUUUUGACGCCUUCACCAGCCUGAAGAACGGCUCCAUCUACGCUUUCCGGGGAAAGUAUUUCUACGAGCUGGACGAGAAGAGCGUGAGGCCGGGGUACCCCAAGCUCAUCAAGGAAGUGUGGGGAAUUGAGGGCCCCAUCGAUGCCGCCUUCACCCGCGUCAACUGCGAGGGCAAGACCUACAUCUUCCAGGGCAGCCUGUAUUGGCGCUUUGCUGACGGAGUCCUGGAGCCGGAUUUCCCCCGUAACAUCUCGGACGGGUUCAAGGGCAUCCCUGACGACCUGGACGCUGCCUUUGCCCUACCUGCCCAGAGCUACUUCUCCAGCGAGAGGGUCUACUUCUUCCAAGGGCGGAAGUACUGGUCCUACGACUUCUCCAAGCAGCCGACACGGGAGGACUGUGAGGCCACGUCCCCCUCGCUGGUCUUUGACCACUACGCCGUGCUCAAGGGCGACAGCUGGGAGGACAUCUUCCAAGCACUUUUCGGGGGCUCGCGGCGCAGUGGGGCCAGCAGGGCGCGUUUCAUCAGCCGCGACUGGAAAGGCGUGCCCAGCGGCCUGGAUGCUGUGAUGCUCGGCCGGAUCUACGUGGCACAGAGCCCUGCCCAGCGCCACCCAGCAAGGAAGUCAUCACGCCGGCACCGCAGGAAGUACCGCCAGCGCCAGCGCUGGGGACGCUGGAAUGCAUGGGACUGGCAAGGCGAACCCAGCUCAGAGUCCUCGGACCUGGACUGGCUGCUGGGCGGGACCACCCCGUGCCAGCCCUUCCAGAGCGUCUACUUCUUCGUUGGCAACAAGUACUACCGCCUGAACCUGAACACUCGACGUGUGGAUUUCGUCUACCCCAGGUACCCGCGCCCCAUCUCCAAGUACUGGCUGGGGUGCCCGUCUGACGAGGAUCUUGCCUGAGCCCAGCCAGAAAGGCCUCCACACUGUCAACAGCGGCCAAAUAAAGCCCUGAGUUCCAAAGA